CGAAAUCAUUUUAGAUGCUGACUGUUCUGCUUACUUGACAAUGCCAAUUUUUUGCUGACCUGUGCAUCAAGAUGAGAUCCAUGGCAGCAUCUUGUUAAUGCAACUCACAUAAUCACGUUAAAGUUUUUAACGAAAAAUGGCUAAAUUUGUCCAACAUGUUUCAAAAUCUGGACAUUUUGUGUAUUUCUCAGAAAUUGGCUAUUAUUAUCACAAAGUCGAUAGUUAUGGCUAUGCAAGUGAAUUUAGUUAAUUCCACCUGUCAAUAUUUUUUAAUUGAGCAUCGCCAAGUCAACAAAACCGUUAGUCCAGUCAUCAUCUAAAAUGACUCCAUUAAAGUUUUGGACAAAAUUAGAUAUUUUGUGUAUUUCUGAAAAUUUGGUUAUUACUAUCACAAAGUCAAUAAUUAUGGCUAUACAUAUGUAUUUUGCCUUAGUAGAGAAGAGAUGAGUCCCAAGCUUAGCUUUUGCACUUAUAUUAGUUGAAUAUGUAAUAUGUCCUAAUUCUACUAUAUGUACUUUUUGAUUUUUAUUAACGUAUUUCUCAUGCACCCGUGUUAUAUGAUGCAUUUUUCUCUUGUUGUAGUGUUUUAAUAAAGAAAGUAGUUGCAUUAAUAAUUAAAGAGUUACACUAGAAAUAAAUCAUACAUUAAUCAUAAAUCAAACUAGUUAAAACAUUACACUCAAACUAAAGCAUACAUCAAUCAUAAACCAAACUAGUUAAAGUAAAGCAUACAUCAAGCAUAAAUCAAACUACUUAAAAGCUUACAAGUAGGAGGUAUAAUAAGAGACAUCAUUUAGCCUAUAACUGGAUCUUUUUUUUUUCUUUGAUAGGAACUUCAAGUUCGAGGAUUAUAUUGAGAAAGAUCCAUACUCAUUAUCGACAGUUUGUGCUUAUUCUUCUCCCUUGAUUCCCUGAAUUUGUCUCUUACUUCUCCCACAAGUUCAACAUCUUUGCUUAGUGACGUGUGGCUGCGUUGAGGAGUGGGAAUGAUGAAUGGAUCAUCGAUGAGCAGAGGAAGGCAUAUAUUUAUGUUGAUUUCUUCCAGCUCCUCUUUACCUCUGUGAACCAUGUCGAGAAUAUGGAGGCCCGUGUGGCUGAUCUACCUAUUGCUCGGAUGGUAACUAAGGAGAUGAAUGCGGCUCAGACCGCUGAGGUUCUGGUGUCAGAAAACCGGCAAACAGUCUUCUCGAUUGGAUGCAUCCAGGCUCCGGGAUCGGAUGGGUUCACUGGGAAAUUCUUUCGCGCAUUCUGGGAUAUCGUUGGUGAGUCAAUUGUGGAAGCUAUAUGCUCUCUUUUUUCGGACAGGACGGAUGUUACAAAGCUUUAACUACACUUGGAUAACGCUUAUUCCCAAAGUGGAUAAUUUGGAGAAUAUGCGCCAGUUGAGACCUAUCAGUUUAUGUCAAUUCGUGUACAAAAUCAUUGCCAAGAUUAUGUCUAAACAAUUGGCGUGGUUCCUCCCCCUGAUAAUUUUGCCGCGACAGAACACGUUUAUUCGUGAAAGACAGAUAGUGGAUAAUGUUCCCAUUGAUCACGAAUUGAUGCAUUACCUUAAGAUUAAGACUAAGGGUAAGAAGUGGUAUAUGGAUCUUAAGGUUGAUAUGGAGAAGACCUAUGAUAGAGUCGAAUGGUCGUUCUUACUUGCAGUUUUAGGAAAAAUGGGGUUUAAUCCGACUUGAGUGCAAUGGAUUGAGGAAUGCUUGCGUUCCUCCUCGUUUUCUAUUCUUAUGAAUGGUACAUCAGCUGGUUAUUUUAACUCGACUCGGGGACUUCAGCAGGGCGAUCCUUUGUCUCCCCUCCUCUUUGUCAUCUGCACAGAGGGUUUUGUGGCGCUCAUAUGCAAGAUCAUUGAGGAGCGGAAGCUAGUAGGCGUUCGAGUUAGUCCUAGAGGCCCGCAUGUUUCUCAUAUGUUCUUUGCCGAUGAUUCAUAUCUAUUUCUCAGAGGAUCGAUGCAAGAAUGUGAUAACCUGCUGGAGGUCUUGAAUGAAUAUGAUGAGCUUAGUGGGCAAAGGGUCAACUUGGCUAAAUCUGCAGUGUGCUUUAGUAAGAAUAUUCUGCUGGUGGAUCAAGAAACCCUUUCUCUCUGGCUUGGCGUUGGAGCGGUAGGAGUUCAUGAUAAAUAUUUGGACUUACCCACCUUGAUUGCUCCGUCCAAGAUGGCUACUUUACGUUAUUUGGAGAAGUUGUUGGAACGGCUACAUGGAACGGCUAAGGAGACGUUGAUUAAAUCGAUUGUGUUCUCUUUGCCGCUCCAUGUUAUGUCCUUCUUUAAACUCCCUCUUUCACUAUGUCGCAUUAUGAAUAAGAAUGUAGCUAGAUUUUGGUGGGGGUGGAAGGGGGUCGCCCUCGAAUUAGGUGGACUUACUGGAGGAAUUUGUGCACGAGUAAACAUGAUGGGGGAUGGGAUUUCGGCAGUUUGAGCAUUUUAAUUAAACCCUCUUGGCUAAGAUUGGAUGGUGUAUUCUCAACAAACCUCUUGGCUAAGACUGGAGUACUUUUCAAAUGGUACAUUCCUAACAACGACUGUGCGGUCUCGCCCAUAGUGGGGGUGGCAGAGUAUUCUCCAUGGCCUCCUCCUCCUCCAAUGAGGACUUCGGUGGCAGACUAGGAAUGGGCUUCAGGCCUCUAUCUAACAUUCUAGUUGUAUCCCGUCUACUCAUCUGCACCCUCUUCUGUGUAAUCCUCAUGUCAUUCCGGAGGGCAAUAACCCAAAGAUAGCUGAGCUUAUAGAUCAUAGGGAGGGAGGAUGGUGUCGACAAUCUCUUCAGCAGAUGUUUCCACCCGAUGUAGUACGUGUCAUCAUGGCGAUUCCUUUGCCCCGUAUGGGUAUAGAGGAUAGAUUGGUAUGACAUGAUACAUGUGAUGGAGUGUUCACUGUCAAAUAUGCUUACCACUUGGCGGUUUUGGUGGAAAGACAGGUUGGAGUGUGGCGCCCUAUGGUGAGUUGGAUGGAUAGGGCAAGUUCAAUGAGACUGUGGAAACUCAAGAUCCCGUCUAAGCUAAAACUAUUCCUAUGGCAAAUAUUCCACUGUAUCCUGCUUACUACUGAAUCUUUGAUUGGGAAAAGAGUCCAGAUUUUGCCUCGAUGCGGGUGUGUUAGGCAGAAUCUGAAACGAUGGAGCAUCUCUUUUGGGAGUGUCCAAUCACUACAUCUCUCUAGACUCAUUCAGGAUUGGAGCAUUUGGGGCACGGUUUGCCGCGACAAACAUUUCCUUCUUUUCCUCAAAAUGUGCUUGCUUAGGAUGACCCAGCCGACUCAGAUUAUGGCUCUCUUGGCGCUCCUAUGCCGUAUUUGGAAAUCUACAAAUUGGGCUGCUUUGAGGGCAAGCAGUCCUUGAUUACUCAAUUGAUGCACCAAUACCAUUAGCAACUCCAUGAAUGGGUGUCCUUACCAGCAGAUAGGUUGGUCCGGGAUCGGUUUCCUUUGAACACAAUCUAGAGGUGGUAGAUUUGACAUCUAUCGUCUGUAUGUGGGAUGGUGCGGUACGUGCUGACUCACAUUCAACGAGGGGCUGAUCAUAAAGGAUGGAGGAGGAUCUGUGCUCUUAGCAAGAGGAAUGGUUCUUGAAAACAUUGUUAACCCUCUUGUGGUGGAGACUAUUAUCCUCCAUGAAGCUAUUCAGUGGUGUCAGAAUCCUGGCAUCCCUCACGUUCGGUUUGAGGGUGAUGCGAAGGUGCUCAUUGAUAAGAUUAAUGCCAAGGAUGCGCAAGAUAGUCGUGUUGGGGCUAUUAUCCAAGAGAUUAUGAGUCUGAUGGCUUUGAAUAGUGGUUUCUGUGUCGAUUCGUGGGUCGGAUUAGCAAUAGGGUAGCCCAUUCAGUGGCUAGGAAGGCCCUUUCUUUGUAUUCGGCUUCGUGUCGUUUGUAUGAUUUUCGUGCCUGGGUUGGGUCCAACGUGUAAUUUCACUAAUUUGUGAUCUUUUUUCAAUCAAUACAAUUAUCUUUCGUUAAAAAAACAAUUAUCUAGCAAAUUUAUAAUAAUUUUUUUUCUUUAAAUAUAUACUCAUUAGUAGAUAUUUUAUCACCUACAUCUUAAGUAAAAAUAUCCGAUUUGAACUCGAUCUAAUGCCCACCCCCUACUUGCACAGUGCCAAAGUUUUGAAACUGUUUUAUACCUUUAAGCAGGUUUAACAAAUGCUACAACACGAUCGGGUUACAAUCUGUAUUGUCAGCUUAUGCCGAUUUUAACAAAAUAUGUACGAAAAGUGAUAAACUAGUAACACCAAAUGAAGUACGCAUAUAUAAUACAAUCUCAUCAAGACAAUCUUCCUACAAACUGCAUUCGUGUAUAAAUUAAAUACAGUAUUACAAACAAAAAGAUAGAUUAUCAUAUUUAAAUACGAUUUUCUUAUGAAUAAAAUACAAAUUUUAAC